CCAUGAAGCUGCUACCAGUGUUGGAGCCUGGAGGCAAGCCCAGGAAAGCAACAUGGUACACCUUGACCCCCCCUGGAGACAGCCCCUGUGCUCGGGUUGGCCACAGCUGUUCAUAUUUACCCCCAGUCGGUGACGCCAAGAGAGGGAAGGUCUUCAUUGUUGGGGGAGCAGAUCCAAACAGGAGCUUCUCAGAUGUGCACACCAUGGAUCUGGGAACACACCGGUGGGAUUUGGCGGCCGCGGAGGGCCUUUUGCCCCGUUACGAGCAUGCCAGCUUCAUUCCCUCUUGUGCACCUCAUACCAUCUGGGUGUUUGGAGGUGCUGACCAGUCAGGAAAUCGAAAUUGCCUACAAGUUCUGAAUCCUGACACUCUGACCUGGUCACAGCCAGAGACACUUGGAAAACCUCCAUCCCCCCGGCAUGGUCAUGUGAUGGUGGCAGCAGGGACAAAGCUCUUCAUCCAUGGAGGCUUGGCAGGGGACAAAUUCUAUGAUGAUCUCCAUUGCAUUGAUAUAAGUGACAUGAAGUGGCAGAAGCUAAGUCCCACUGGGGCAUCUCCCACAGGCUGUGCUGCCCACUCAGCUGUGGCUGUGGGGAAACACCUGUAUGUCUUUGGAGGGAUGACUCCCACAGGAGCCCUGGAUACAAUGUACCAGUAUCACAUAGAAAAGCAGCAUUGGACCUUGCUUAAAUUUGAUACUUUUCUACCCCCUGGACGAUUGGAUCAUUCCAUGUGUGUCAUUCCAUGGCCAGUGAUGUGUACUUCUGAGAAAGAAGAUUCAAAUUCUGUCACUCUAAACUGUGAUACAGAGAAAGGGGAGUCCACCAAAAAAGGAGUGACCCAAGGUGGUGAUUUACAUGAGGAAAGUCAGACAGACACAUUGCUCUGUUUUGUGUUUGGCGGGAUGAAUACAGAAGGGGAAAUCUAUAAUGACUGUAUUGUGACUGUAGUUGACUAAUAAAUUCUACAUUUUUAUUAAAUGACAAACUUUCAGGAAAGUUAAAUGAAACCUUAGCUGUUUUGUACCUCCAAAAUAUUUUUUGCACUAUACAUGUAGCCCUCUUGCUCUUACCUACUUUGGUAGGUGAAAAAAUGGAUAGCCCAAGUGCAAAAACUUCUAUUAAAAGGGUUUUACCAGCAA